CGAAUGCAGAGUGAGGAUCUUUACUUUAAUUCAUAAAUUUUUAGUCCUUUAGGUCUAAAAUGAUCGGAUUUUCAUUUAUAGAAACGAUUUGCGGCUACUGGUAUAAUUUAGUACACCAGUUGAUCAGCUGUAGCUUAAUGCUAUCCGUCACUUGUUUUGUUAUAUAACGAAGGUGCAAACCUGGACGCGUGUUCUGAAUUCAAGUCUCGUGUUUUUACUAGAACAUGUGUAGUACAGGAAAUCUCUUUACGUUUGACGACUCUCAUAUCUUUGAUGUCUUGAAAUCGUUGUCUGAAUUAUCUAGAAAUUCUGUAGAAACUGAGAGUCACAGAAGCAGGUUUUGCCAUCAGUCUACGGAUAAACUACUAAAGAACUCUCUGUGAAAAUAAUCUUACUAUUCACUUCCACCACGGCUGAUAUCACUAAUGUCAAUUCCUCCAACGAUGAGUCGGGAAGUUCUUUCCGUCCUUCGACGCCGAAAAAGAACUUUGGUAAAGGUAACCUGAAAUCUCAAUCAAACGCCAGGCGAUCCGUAAAUGUUGUUAUGGAAGAUGUAUCGAAUUGUUUAAACGAUUCAAGGGUCAGUGUUUCCAGCGACACUUCCGAAAACAGUUUUCGACCAUCAACUCAAAUGAAGAGUCUCGAAUCAAGCAUUUUAAAAUCACAGUCGAGCUCCAAACGAUCCGAGUCUGCUACUCCAGAUGAUGCGUUAAGCUCAAAUGGAGAUCAGUCACAGUGUGGAGAAGGAAACGAAUCAUUGUUGGUACAAGUAACAGGACUUAAGAAACAAAGGGACCGAGGGUCUGAAUGUUCUCACAAAGUGAUUGAAAAGAGGCGCAGAGAUCGCAUCAACACAUCUUUGGGGGAACUUUCCCAGCUGCUUCCAGCUCAGUGUAACAGCAAACAGGGAUCAGGCAAGCUUGAGAAGGCAGAGAUUUUGGAGUUGACUGUGGAGUACUUAAAGGCUCUUCAAGGUCGUUUGGCCCAAAAGCAGGAUAAAGAGAUCAAACCAGAAGAUGAUAAAAAUUCAGUAGAAGCCACUGCAGAACCAAAGAGCAGCAGCACCAAUACUGAAGUCAAGCCUGUCAAUCACUUUGGAGGGUACAAGGACUGCACAGAAGAAGUCUUCCGUUUUCUGGUCAAUGUGGAAGCUAUGGACAUGCAACAGCCUUGUUUUCAAAGACUUAUGGCACAUUUAAGACAUCAAAUCCAGUUGUUGGCUGAAAAUUCAUCAAAUUCAGAAGAUGUGAAUCCCAAAGGAAAGGCCAGUACAGAGAAUGGAAAGCGCAACACAUCAAAGCGAAGCUUUCAGGGUACUAUCUCAUCAUCAUCAUCCACAUCAUCCAGUAUGGGUGAAAUGAGUGGAAGUGGGAGUGGUGGGAAAGUCAAGAGAGCCAGACUUCAUGCACAUCAUAGCAGCAAUAACAAGGUACAGAGCAGCAGCAGUAAUGGGAACAGUACAUCAGGUGGCAGCAGUGACAAUGAUAACAACUCAGACAAUGCCAGAGAAACCCAGAGUGACUCUGCAAUAUGUUUGGAAGAUGACCUUUCAGAGAUGCCAGGAAGUACAGGAAAAGAAGGUGACAAUGGCAACAGAACAAAUGGCAGCAGUGUCAGCAGUAGGACUACAAACAGAAGUGCAAAUGAAACUAGCUCUUCAGCUAAUACAUGUCCCUCUAUGCUUCCACAAGGAGGAAACAUUCCACUGCGUGCUCCAUUUGUACUUCCUUCAUAUGCAGCUCCAACAUAUGCACUUCAUCCAGCUGGUACCCACUACAUUCCAAUUGUCUUGCAUCCUAGUGUACCUGUACCUUCUGCAUCAACAUUUAAUGGUGCUGGACAGAUUCCAUUUGGGAUGAUGGCAUCAGGGAUGAUGCCCCCAGGAGUAAUGCCCACUGGAAUGAUGCCAUCUGCAGCAGGUGGAAUUCCUCCCAACCUCCCAUUUGGUUUCCCCUUUCCAUAUGUUCCUCCAGCAAUGCCCCCUUAUGGAUAUCAAGCACCUCCAAUGGGUUUUCCUUUCCUUAAUGGAAUGAGGAAAGAUCUCUCAGGACAGGGUCAAACAGACCCAGGCAAUGGGGACAGUGGCUCUAAUGGUGAUGACUGCAGCAUUGAAUCACGCAUCUCCCCAGAGAGUAUUGCUAUUCAGACAGAUACACCUUCACCAAGUAAUUCUGGUAAUGAAAGUUCACACACUGAUGAAGGAGGAAGUUGAGGUUUACCAAUUUAGACUGAAUGAUAUAAGCUGUAAAAUUUUGAAAACUUAUGUGAGUGGGGUUGAUUUUGGUGGAAUUUCAUGACAGCAGCAUAAUGGCCAAAAAAAAUUUUAUCUUAAAUUAGUAAACAUCAAUGAGAAGCUAAGUAAAUCAUAGAGUUUUUGGAGUCUUCUCCCCAGAGCCCUGUACUAAUAUCUCCUGUGUAUGCUGAUUGUAUAAUAAAGAAGCCAGACCAUAAUGUAUGUUACAACUGAAAUCUUUUAAAAAUAGUACAGUUACAAGCUAUAAAGGGGGCUAUGUACAAAUGACGAGGAUGCACGUUGAAGCUAUUGUAUUAGCUACUGAAAAUUUAGAUGGAUAACUGUUCAUCAUCAUUCUUUUUCACAAUAAAAGGCUAUUAGUUUCAUAGGGCAUAAUGAAGAAGUGGGGUCAAUAGUUUGGCACCUCUCAAGCCAAGUUUUACUCCUGUGUAUGUGUGUAUAGCUAUAAAUAGUCAAGCAAGGAAACUGAAAGUGUGUACAAGAGUAAGUGAAAUUAGUUGAGCUUUUCCUAUUCAAUCCUUCACAGUUCCUAUAUUGCUCCAACUAUGGAGAAUGAUUUAAUAAAGGAAAAUUUAAGUUCUGGAAGAAUAUCGAGUGUGUUUCAAUUUUUUCAUGACCAUUACUGGCAGUUAAGUUUUAUUUGUUUGACUAGAAGGUGAAGAAUUUGGAUGAUUUGCCACAAAUGUCUAAACCUAUCUGUCUCUGUGAGCAGUAAAACUUUUGCCAGUAGGAUUUAAAUCUUAAGCUAUUAAUAUUAGUAUUUAAGUUUGCUUCACAGAUUGGUGACAUUCCUUCGUAUAUGCAAACUGACCUAAGUAUCCCAGACCUACCAUGAGUACUGAAUGGGAUAGAUGAAUACUGGAAAGGUUCAAGGUUUUUCUGUCUAUCAGUGGGAACAGUGAUUUUGAAAAUGUCACCUCUCAAUAUGAGGUUUGAAUGGGUUGGUAUAACCAUUGUAAGUUAAAAACAGUUUCCCAACUUUCCUUCAACAACUUGUAAAUAUGUGAAAUGAAGCAAAUUAAAAAAGAUUUGAUGUA